GUCAAACAUAGAGAAAAUAAUUUAAUUUUUUCGCUUCCAUUCAACUCAACGAUCAACAGUAUUCUGCUGUUGUUCUUAUUGAACAGUUGCAGCUCAGAAGAAACAGCGAAACCACAUUCGACGAACUGAAGUCUUUCCAGAAAAAUAUUGGACACACAGCUGACUCAAUGAGUAGUUGCAGCUGAUUUAGUCAAGAAACAUAUACAUGUAUGUACCGAGAAGUCUAGUGUAUAUACUAAAGAAGUAUAUCGCAAGUUGGCGAUAACUGGAAGAGAAAACAGACGUUGUGCAUGUCGACUGUGUGGCAAGUUGUCUUUUUAUUAUUAGCUGCCGCAACGCGCCGAGAUGCAGACCAGGGACAGAAUUCGACGCGAAUAUAAUUCAUAUAAUGACCUGAGCAGACAGUUUUGCAUGUACGAUGACCAGUCAAUGGAUUCGCUGGACGAUCGCAUCGAGAUGAAUCCAAAUGGAUGCGAGACUGAUUGCUACACUCUCUGCCCGUGUCCCCAGCCAUCGUUGCUGCUGCUGCGCCAGCACAACUUCAAGCUCAAGGUUUAUUACUCUAAUGUGGGCAACUGCGUGCAAUGCAACAAACGCAUUCGCUUUGCAGUAGCCAGUUUGAGGUGUCGGGAUUGUCCGCUGCGUUGCCACACGGAAUGCUAUGACCAACUGACCGUUAACUGCAUACCCCAACCUUUGAUCAGCUCGAAACGUGGCCACUUGAGUGACUUUGCACCCGAUGCGGCGCCCAUGGUGCCUGCUUUGAUUGUGCAUUGUGUGACGGAGAUUGAGGCACGCGGCUUGGAGCAGGAGGGUCUGUAUCGCGUCUCCUCCACCCGAGAGAAGGUGAAGCGUUUGCGGCACAAGCUGCUGCGUGGCAAGACAACGCCGCAUCUCGGCAACAAGGAUACUCACACCCUCUGCUGCUGCAUCAAGGACUUUCUACGCACCCUUCAGCGUCCACUAAUACCCGUGAUUCACAGACACGACUUUGUACUGGCAACCCAACAGAACGAUCCUCUGGCUGCCGAGGAGCAAUUGUAUCUGGCUGUCGUUGAUCUGCAUCGGGCACAUCGCGACACCUUGGCGUUUCUUAUGCUGCAUUGGCAGCGCAUCGCUCAGAGUCCGGCCGUCAAGAUGUCUAUCAAUAACAUCGCCGUCAUCUUUGCGCCCACACUCUUUGACGACGUCGAUCUCAAUCUGAGCAACGUGGUAAUAUGGCAGCAAGUCCUGAGAGUGUUGCUCUUGCAGCCGCCAGGCUUCUGGGCGCAAUUCCUGGAGGUGGACUCACUGAUGCCUGCGUGUUCGCUGGACGACGACGAGUGGAAACGCGAGAGCAAUCAUUCCCCCAGCGUGCAUUGGCAAUCGGUAAAAACGUAUUUUAGAUCUAUGGUAAAUCUUGCAGGCUGAGAAAUGGAAUGAUUGAAUGAACCGCCGAUCGAAAAUGAAGAAGUCAUAAAAAUACCUGGCAAAGUUUAUUUUGACUUCAUCGAAACUUAACCACUUUGAAUGAAACCAAUAAUUGAAUACUUUAUUAUAAUUCGUCGAGUUUCCAUUAAUACCAAAGUAUAAUUUAUUGUAAACUCAGGAAAUGCUAUUCAAGUUCUCUUAAUUUAUGCAAGCAUUUCAAAUUUAAAUUUCAAUUCACGCUACUGAUGAGUGGACACAGACAGCCACAGUCGAACAGAUAGAAAAGAAAAAUCAGAGAAAGAGAGAGAGAGAGAGAGGGAGGAGAGGAAUUUAAAAAAAUGUUGUAAAAUUAAUAUUUCCCUUGGACAUUUUGUAUGUUGUUUAUUAUUUAUAUUAUUUUAAGCAGAAAGCAAAACACAUAGUGGAAUAUUUGUACGUAAAUAAAUAAGUUGCUUAAAGCGUUAAUACAAUAACAAAUGAAAAUG